AUGUUGGGGGAAGAGGAGGAGCGGAAGGCGGCUGUUGCCUUUUAUCUGCAAGAACAGGAUGACGCCGUACUGUGCGCCUUUGGGCGCGACUACUUUGACGGGGCCCGCAAGGGUGCAGCUUGUGGCGGUGUAUUUACGGCGUGGCUUUUCCGUCGGACUUAUGUCGACCUGCGGGAAGACUUUAAGGAGCACGAGGCGAAUCUUUCACGGCAUUUGAGACGUGGAAAGUGGACGAUUUCACGUGGCUUUCGAACUCGACCGUUUUUAACGCUUGGUUGCAUUUCACUGGCGCUAACAACAUUGAUGAAGUCUGUCAAGUUUACGCUUGCCAACUACCGCUACCAAGAAUUUGUUGCGGAUGACAUUGGAUUCACACUGCUGGAGCAAAUGUGCGCCAACUUGCCGGAGGGAAAUGAGAGAUUUGAGAAGCUUUUGGAUGAGGCCUUGACGAAUUCUACUGCGGUAUCUGCAUCGCCCUCUGACGGUGUUGCGAAUAGUCGCAUGCCCAAGAAAAAAACUGUUACGAGUGCACUUAUGCAAGAAUCGUCGUCUUUGCGUGAGCGAAAACCUCCGUCAUUUUGGGAUGGGGUGGCGGUGGGCCUCAUGGGCUCCGUCAUGGACUGUUAUUUGCCGUCAAGGCCGGUCCACACUUACUACGGCAUGCAGUGUGGAAUGAGGAUGUGA